CCACCAGCCCCGCCAGCCCCGCCAGCCCCGCCAGCCCUGCCAGCCCCGCCAGCCCUGCCAGCCCCACCAACCCCACCAGCCCCGCCAGCCCCACCAGCCCCACCAGCCCCACCAGCCCUACCAGCCCCACCAGCCCCGCCAGCCCCACCAGCCUUACCAGCCCCACCAGCCCUGCCAGCCCCACCAGCCCCGCCAGCCCCACCAGCCCCGCAAGCCCCACCAGCCCUACCAGCCCCACCAGCCCCACCAGCCCCGCCAGCCCUGCCAGCCCCACCAGCCCUAUCAGCCCCACCAGCCCCACCAGCCCCGCCAGCCCUGCCAGCCCCACCAGCCCUACCAGCCCCACCAGCCCCACCAGCCCCGCCAGCCCCACCAGCCCCACCAGCCCCACCAGCCCCGCCAGCCCCACCAGCCCCACCAGCCCCGCCAGCCCCACCAGCCCUACCAGCCCCACCAGCCCUGUCAGCCCCACCAGCCCCGCCAGCCCUGCCAGCCCCACCAGCCCCACCAGCCCCACCAGCCCCGCCAGCCCCACCAGCUCCACCAGCCCUGUCAGCCCCACCAGCCCCACCAGCCCCGCCAGCCCCGCCAGCCCCGCCAGCCCCGCCAGCCCCGCCAGCCCCACCAGCCCUGUCAGCCCCACCAGCCCUGCCAGCCCCGCCAGCCCCGCCAGCCCCGCCAGCCCCGCCAGCCCCACCAGCCCAACCAGCCCUGCCAGCCCCACCAGCCCCGCCAGCCCUGCCAGCCCCACCAGCCCCGCCAGCCCUGCCAGCCCCACCAGCCCCACCAGCCCCACCAGCCCCACCAGCCCCGCCAGCCCCGCCAGCCCCACCAGCCCUGCCAGCCCCACCAGCCCCACCAGCCCCACCAGCCCCACCAGCCCUGCCAGCCCCACCAGCCCCACCAGCCCCGCCAGCCCUGCCAGCCCUGCCAGCCCCACCAGCCCCACCAGCCCCACCAGCCCCGCCAGCCCCACCAGCCCUGCCAGCCCCACCAGCCCUGCCAGCCCCGCCAGCCCCACCAGCCCUGCCAGCCCCACCAGCCCCACCAGCCCUGCCAGCCCCACCAGCCCUGCCAGCCCCACCAGCCCUGCAGCCCCACCAGCCCCCCCUGCCAGCCCCACCAUCCCCACCAGCCCCACCAGCCCUGCCAGCCCCACCAGCCCCACCAUCCCUGCCAGCCCCACCAGCCCCACCAGCCCUGCCAGCCCCACCAGCCCCACCAGCCCCACCAGCCCUUCCAGCCCCACCAGCCCUGCCAGCCCCACCAGCCCCACCAGCCCCACCAGCCCUGCCAGCCCCAACAGCCCCACCAGCCCCACCAGCCCCACCAGCCCUGCCAGCCCCACCAGCCCUGCCAGCCCCACCAGCCCCACCAGCCCCGCCAGAGCCACCAGCCCCACCAGCCCUGGCAGCCCCACCAGCCCCACCAGCCCUGCCAGCCCCACCAGCCCCACCAGCCCCGCCAGCCCCACCAGCCCCACCAGCCCUGCCAGCCCCACCAGCCCUGCCAGCCCCGCCAGCCCCACCAGCCCCGCCAGCCCCACCAGCCCCUCCAGCCCCACCAGCCCUGCCAGCCCCGCCAGCCCCGCCCGCCCCGCCAGCCCCGCCAGCCCUGCCAGCCCCACCAGCCCUGCCAGCCCCACCAGCCCAACCAGCCCCACCAGCCCCACCAGCCCUACCAGCCCCGCCAGCC